AUGUCUGAUCCAUGUGUAGCAUUAAGACGGUAUCGGAAGCAAUUCGAGGACGCAGAAGCGCUUUUCGACAGCGGUGAUGUAGCUGGCUGCAUAUCAGCGGCUAAGCGCAACAUAACCGACACAACUCUUCCGCCGUACUACAUUAUAAGAAACUGUAUACUUCUCACGAGCGCUAUGGAUAACUGGGACGAUGGCAAUGAAUGGAGGCUCGCCGCGGAGAGCACCUACAGUAAUAUAUUACGAAAAGCAACGGAAAAGAACGAUACCGAUUCGCUCACCCUCCUACAAGAUCUCCGUGAGGAGCUUGACUGGUUGGCUAGGCAGCGAGACCAAUAUCUCCAGGAACACGGGGCAUGGAUGCUUGAACAAGAGGGAGAGGACGAUGACGACGAGACGGACUUAGAAGCAGAUGGAAUCGAGCGCGACGACAGCGAGGAUGAGGCGGAGAUGGAAGCCGAGGACGUUGAGUUGGGCGAGGGUAACGCGCUGAUACUUCCGAUACGCGAACACCAAGCCUCCACGGCAAGCCCUGUAAAACCGGUCAUCGAGACACUUGUUAUGGGCACUAUGCCAGUUGGAGAAGAUAACGAAGAUAACAAGGGCCGAGAAGAAGUCACUGCCGGCGACGAGGAGGGUGAAGAAGGCGGUACGGGAAAGAUGCCAGGAGGCGGAGAGCAAGUAAGCACUGGCGAUGAUGGCCAACUGCCCGAAACGGUGGGAGUUGAUCGAGAGGACGAGCGUUCUGCCAUCCUUGCAGCGGUCGACUUCUUGUGCAAAUGCCAGUCGUACAUACCGGAGCAUAUGCAAGCAUUUCUUCCACAGCUUCCGCAGCUUGAUGGUUUCAGAUACUACAAGGACGAUGUGCUCAGUUACAAGCCCUAA